AAAACGCCCUUUUUGCUACGGAAUGUUAGGGAGUUGCGUUUUAGGUGCUUAAUUUUUAUUAUUUCGAAAAGUGAAUGUGCAAAACAUACGUUCGGUAAACGUGCCAGACCAAAACCUUUUGAAGUCGGAAGCAUUCGAAGGUGCGUGCGGAAUUGAAAAUUACCGUAUCGUCCAUACGGUUCAAGUGUGCUCAGCUGAAAUAGCAAGCGAAGUGUAAAUUGAUGUGGGUUACUAGAUGUAAAAGGUGUAUGAAAUUGUUCGGCAUUGCUUUCUGCAUGUGUAGCGCGAAGUGACAGCAGCGUAAACAAAAACGAAUCACAAAAUAUCCACUUCCUGGAGCCAGAAAUCAUUUCGGUGGAUUCAAAAUUCUAACCCAAAACGCGUAGUACGGCAACAUGUCUCCCGCAUUCCUCGCGGUCAUCGCCGUCAUACUCUGCAUUCUGUUCCGGAUACUGAACGUCAGCAGCACGCCACAGAUCCCCAGCAUCGUCUGCAAAGAUGGCCAGUUUAUGGAGUGCUUCAACAAGAUUGCCCCGAUGCUACGGGAACCAUACAUUCCGACCCGUCUGUGGGGUUUUAGCGGACACAUCCAGACAAUAAUUCACAGUAUCGUUGGGCGCGUCAAAUGUCCGUGGCCUCUAGGCGAACGGGUCUACCUUGCGCUGACGGACGGUUCCACGCUAACGUACGAUCUGUACCAGCCGCUAAUUACAACCGUCGAAGACGAUAUAACCGUUGCCAUUUGCCCAGGAAUCGGCAACUCGUCCGAAUCGGUGUACAUCCGCACGUUCGUGCACUACGCCCAGUGCCACGGGUACCGGUGUGCGGUGCUGAAUCAUAUCGGUGUCCUCGACAGUGUGCAGGUGACAUCGAGCCGAAUAUUCACGUACGGCCACACGGACGACUACUCGGCAAUGAUAAAUAGCUUGUUAAAGAAGUAUCCUACGACAAAUAUCGUGUCCGUUGGUUUCUCGCUCGGCGGUAACCUCAUCUCGAAGUAUCUCGGCGAGGCCAGGCGACCGGCCAACAUCAUCGGUGGCGUUUCGAUCUGCCAGGGUUACAAUGCGGUGGUUGCCACCCAAUGGUUGCUGAAGUGGCAAAACUUCCACCGGUUCUACCUGUACGUGCUGACCGAGAACGUGAAGAGCAUCAUCAUGAAGCACCGGCACGUACUGCUGUCGGAUGACAUCAAGCAGCGGUAUCAGCUGAACGAGCGCGACAUUGCAGCUGCAGCCACGCUACCGGAGCUGGACGAAGCGUACACGCGCCGAGUGCAUCAGUUCCCGACGGUAAAGGACAUGUACAGCUGGAGCUCAUCGCUGAACUAUCUCGCCAACAUCAAACGACCGAUGGUGUUUGUCAAUGCAAGGGAUGACCCGCUGGUGCCGGAUAAUCUACUCGAACCGGUGAAACAAUUUGCCUCAACCCACAACCAAUCGCUUUAUAUCGAGCUUGCAAACGGUGGCCAUCUCGGGUUCUACGAGGGCGGCCUGGUAUAUCCGAAUCCGGUCACCUGGCUGGACCGAGCGCUGGUGUCACUGAUCGGUGGCAUCGUGAUGUCACACAACGAUUUGCUGGUGGCGAAACGGACCGCUUCCUCGUCGGUGGUCAUUUAAGAUUCGCUGCUACCAUUCUCUUCGAUCGGCGGUGCACCGCUACCCGCGUCCGAGCUGGGCCAGCUGCUCAGCUAUGGUCGGGCACGAUGGGGGCUGCUGUUUGCCGCCCUGCCAUCAACGCCAUCGGUGCGCGGUGUCAUUAUGGCCGUGCUGAAGCUGUUCCUGUCGUUACUGUGCUCGAAGCCAAAGGUUGAAUUUCCAACCGAAACACCGACAUACACCCCGACUGGAGGAGGUGGAGGCCCGCCGUGCGAGGUUAAAUGAUAUGAACCUUAAUCAUUAACACACAACACCGUAAGCACUGCUUCUCACACCUCGCUCUCGGUAUUAUCAACGACGGCACGAAAGACGACAUCUGAGAAGAAAGGUGCAACCAGAGCAUGUGUAGGAACAGCACGUGCGCCAUACAAAAUGCAUUUCAGCUACUCGAAGGGAUUGGUCGUACGGAAGUUGAACGAUGAAGCGAUGGGAUAUAUUCGCUUCGAAAACGGGAAGGAGCACAAAUUAUACUAAAUACAUCCCCCACCAUCAUAUCCCAGCUGCUGAUGCUGGCUGGCACGAGGAGAGUGUACUGUUGACGCAUCAAGCCAGUUCACAAGCGACGGGAGUAAAGCAUUAAGUGAGCAUUACUAUUUAAGAAUGAAAAAUAAGAGCAGGCAAAGCUUGCUGUAAGAUAGCAGGAACAGAAAGCAAAGCAUGUGCACGUGGAUGCAUAGCAAAUGUGCUGUUUUCGAAUAUAUACACUAUACACCCAUAUUUCCUUCAACUUCAUUAGGAGUAAGCAGUACUGUAAGUCAACAUCUUCAACUCGUAGCUAUACUGUUUGUGUGCGUCCCAUGUGCUAACUCGCGUAUUUUCAUUAUAUUUGUUAUCAUCUGCGCUCCUCUUUUUCAUUUUUGCUCCUGUAUCUGCCGAUACAAUUAGCUAAUUGUCCUCGGUAUAGGACAGCACCAUGCUCAUUGUUAAACGCUGCAUAAUUAGUUUGGCGCUCAUCUUUACUAUCGCCGGUAUCAAUAUGAGCGUGUAUAACAUCACAACCAUUUUAACGCUUAGGACAAAGGAAGGGAUACAUUCACACCGUUGCACGAUGUAUGUAAUUGUAUUUAAUCGAUGUAUGUACCGUACCGGUAAUUCUUCCUCCGCGGUAAGGAGCGUCGUAUUUUUUUAUUCAAGAAGAACGACCAGGCCGUAGAACUAAAGGUAACUUAAUCUAGUAUACAAUUCACAUUCGUUUGAAGACAUUUCCUUUUCCAAACAGUGAAUCUCGGGUGUACUCCGGCCGUGCGCGUCGUAUUUUAUGAGUGUGGGAAAGUAGUCGCAAAAUGUGAUGAAAAUGUAAUGGCACAAUUUCACGAACCGUUUUUUCGGAAUGCCGGAAAUAGUAGCAUCAUCGUGUAUCUAUGUGUGUAUUUGUUUAUUGCACAGUGCGGAAGGGCUUACACAUGUGUACUGGCAGGCGCGCCAUUUUUACUAGGAGGAUAGCGCGUAAAAUAUUGUAUAUUGUGAUAAAUGUUAUUGAAAAAUUGCUGUUGCAGGCUGGGCAAGAUACAGUGGGAGGAACUAAAAACAGUUGAGAGGAGAUACAAAACAGUAACACAAUAUCAAGAGGCGAGGGAGAAACAGGUUAAUUUUUGUAUGCUGAAACAAACUUGUGGAGUUGUGCACGUUGCGUAGCGGUGUUUGUAAGCUACUACUGUUGUUUGUUAACCGUAGAUACCGUCGUAUCGUGCUGCUCUAGUGGUUUCGCUCGCACUGUAUACAACCCGUACAAAGUGUAGGGUAGUGGCAAGUAGUAGUACGUGAUGAAGAUAGUGGCAGUAUCGAAGGUGUGCUUUCAUUGGAAGUCGGUAUGGUUUCAUCACCACACGUAAUGAAAAUUGUCCAGUGUGCGAGGUUUCCAUGUUGAUAAAAUAACGCAUCAUGAAUGAUGAUCGUAGAAGGCGAUGAAAUGUUCAACAACUGACUGACUCCAGCGAAUUUCGUUGGAGGCUGUACCCCUUUCGAAUACAAGGGAUUUCAUCCUUAGACUAGAAAAUGCCCCGAUUCUAGUUUUCAAUGUACUGCUCAAAUAUUCGGAAGAAACUCGAAAUAAAACGUGUGUAAUUGACUAUAGAAUUGCGAUAAGCGAUGAAUGAAACACACUGAAACUAUACAACAAUAUCGGAAUUUGUUUCGCCUGAAUUUACCAACAUUCCACAAACUAAUCACCCAUCCCUCCCUAUUCAAGGUCAAACCAAAACCUCGAUAAUGUUCAGGAGAAUAAAAAAAGUGUGUCGCAACGAUUUACCAUGCACCCUAUUUGUGCCCCGAAUUUCGUCUUGAAAUUCCUUUUGAAGAGCCCGUUUUAUUAUAAACUCUCGUGUGAGUUUUUUUCGAAGCUUUUCCUUACUUAUUAGAAGUGUCCUGCGUGUGGUAGAGCAAAUGUGCGUUGAGGAAAUAAAAACAGAGGUUUGUGUUUUUAAGUGCGACGAAAAAACACGUUAAAAUGUUUGUUACUUGAUAAAAUUACAAGAUGAAACUGUAACAGAGAAGCUUUAUCUUGUGGCUGGCGUCGGCGAGAUGUUGGAAAUUUAGUGCGAUCACCUUCCCUCGGCUGGGUUCCACGGUCUGUGUGAAAGGGUGAAAAAUGGAACUGCUCUUACUGAAUAAAAUAAUGA